GCAACCUGCAGAAGCAAACCUUCCCAUUUCCCCUCUCUCCUCGACUCGAUCGAACCAUCCUGGAUCGCGAACGGCGGCGGAGCCCAGAUGCCCCCGCGUCUCCGUCUCCUGCUCCUCCUCCUCCUCCUGGCCGCCGCCGCGCUCCCGCCGCCGGCUGCGUCCCAGCUCGGCGACUACGCCGCCCCUCCUCCCCCGCACCCACGCCCACACCCGCUAAAAGCCGGGACCGCCGGGGGUGACGGCGGCAGCAGCACCGUGCUCACCACCGCGCUCGUCUCCGUCGCGUCGCUGCUCAUCGUGCUCCUGCUCUACCUCUGCGUCGCCAUCGCCGUCCGCCGCUUCCGCUCCCGCCGCCCCUGCGCCGGCAACGGCCAGGAGGAGGACGGCCGCGGCGCCCAGUCCUCCCGCGCCGCCGCGUUCCUCCGCCGCCACGGCCUGCACCACGGCCGCCCCUCCUUCACCUACGAGCAGCUCCGCGCCGCCACCGCCGGCUUCGACGCCGCGCGGAAGCUCGGCGACGGCGGCUUCGGCACCGUCUACCUCGCCUACCUCCCGCCCGCCGCCCGCCCCGCCGCCGUCAAGCGCCUGCACGUGCCGCCCUCCCCGGGCCCGGCCCUCCCCUCCGCCGCCGCCGCCAUCACCAGGUCCUUCUGCAACGAGGUGCUCAUCCUCUCCGCGCUCCGCCACCCGCACCUCGUCCGCCUCCACGGCUUCUGCGCCGACCCGCGCGCCCUGCUCCUCGUCUACGACUUCGUGCCCAACGGCACCCUCUCCCACCACCUCCACCGCGCCACCGCCACCACCACCGCCCCCCCGCGCCCGCCGCUCCCCUGGCGGACCCGCCUCGCCAUGGCGGCGCAGAUCGCGUCCGCGCUCGAGUACCUCCACUUCGCCGUCAAGCCCCGCGUCGUGCACCGCGACGUCACCUCCUCCAACAUCUUCGUCGAGGCCGACAUGCGCGCGCGCCUCGGGGACUUCGGCCUCUCGCGCCUCCUCGCGCCGCCCGACGCAUGCUCCACGGCCACCGGCAGGGAGGUCGUCGUCUGCUGCACCGCGCCGCAGGGCACGCCCGGGUACCUCGACCCGGACUACCACCGCUCCUUCCAGCUCACCGAGAAGAGCGACGUCUACAGCUUCGGCGUCGUCGUGCUCGAGCUCGUCACCGGGCUGCGCCCCGUUGACGUGCGCAGGGAGCGCAGGGACGUCACGCUCGCCGACUGGGUGGUCUCCAAGAUCCAGAUCGGCGAGCUAAGGGAGGUCGUCGACCCGCCCGUGCUCGAAGAGUGCCCUGCCGUCAUGCCGACCGUCGAGGCCGUCGCUGAGCUAGCGUUCCGGUGCGUCACGCCGGACAAGGACGACAGGCCCGACGCACGGGAGGUGCUGGCCGAGCUCAGGAGGAUCCAGGAGAUGCUUCCUCCUGAACUGCCUAACCAGAAGGUUUCUUGACUUGGUUUCUGCAGAGCAGAAUUGCCAUAGCACUGCACAAUCUAUGGCUGUGAUGUGGUUCUUCCAAUGCCGACCUCCUGGCUGAAAAAAGAUUCGCAUCGUCCUUGCAUUUGUCGAAGACAAGUGCCUCAUGGUGGAUGAGACAUGUCGCAAUCCAAGAGCUGCAAUUUUUUGGGCACUGAACCUGAAAAAAGAUGGGCAUCGUCCUUGCAUUUGUCGAAGGCAAGUGCCUCAUGGUGGAUGAUCACAGUAUAUACAUCUGCAGGAAGAGCACAGCCUUCUUUCUUCGCGAGACAUGUCGCAAUCCAAGGUGCGUGGAGAGCUUAUAGAUAUACUACUGAGCUCAGUUGUAGAAGGAUAAGUGUUGGUUCUGUGUGCUGAUGAAGUAGUGUGAGCAAAGCUCUUAAAUAGUAUUGUUUUAACGGCAAAGGAGUCUUAACUAUGUUCUUGUAGUAAGCUGUUUAUCCGAGGAACUAAUAGUAUUAAACAUCCAUUGGGUCUUUGUCAGAUCGCAAGUAGCAGGACUUGCUCAGGGUAAUAUUCAGUACAUUCGUUCUCUGAUGAUGGUGACUAUCCUAUCUGAUAGUUGACUUGCUCAGGUAGGCAAUCUUCGGCUGGGGAGUAGUUUUCUCUUCAUGCGCCGUAGAAGCUUUUGUCAAGGAUAUGCAUUUCCCUGAGGUGGAUCGUAUUCCACAAUGUUGAACGGGAAGCUGCAGGAGCUACGUACUUGAGGUCACCUUGUAGGAGCUGAACUGAUCGCGGAAGACACCUGAUGCUGCUGCGCGCUGAUUCAGGUGUGUCGGUCUUCGGUGCUGUAAUUUACGUGAUUGGUGCUUCAGUGCAAAUUCACCCUGAAUGUGCUUCCGUGGAGACACGGGCGGUGCUAAUCCCGCCGCCGGCACGAUGUGGAUGUGGUUCAAUGCCAACCUCCUGGCUAAAGGAUUGGCACUAUCCUCGCAUUUGUCGAAUAUACAAGUGCCUCAGGGUGGAUGACCUUAUAGAACAUAUCCACUAGUUUUUCGCAAGAGUGACUUGAUCAAAGGUGCAUGGACAGUUUAUAGAUACAUGAGCUCAAUUGUGGAAGGAUGUUUGUUCUAUGAGCUGAUGAAGUAGUAGUACGAUCAAUGCUCUUCUGCCCUAGUUUUUUUAAGCUCUUCCUUCCUUGUGUUUGGCUGCAACUUGUGAUCAUGGAACAGGACUCGUAACUCUGCUCUUGCCAAAAUGAAUACCUGUAAGUUGUUACCCAAGGAACCGAUGGUAUAGAACAUCUCAGUAGGUCCUUGUCAGAUUGCAAGUAGUAGUAACUUUUAUUUUCUGAUAAUGGUGACUAUCCUAUCCGAUAGUUGACUUGCUCAGGAAAAUAAGUACAAUCGUUCUCUGAUCA